UAGCCGUUUUCAAAGGGAGGGGCCAAAGCCGGCCAAAAGGUCGGGGUCUCCGAAGGAGACCGAUGCACGCCCAACCAUGAGUUCUGCCAGAAAGGUGCAACAAGGCGUUGUGAGCAGCAAUGACGAGAACAAUGUCUACGUUCUGCCGGCCACGUCGGAUAUAUUUAGCUCGCUACAGGGGGGUCAGUCGCAGACCGUAUACGUUGGUCAACUGGGCACAGUGACCGAUGAUCAGGGCGAGACGAGCCAGGUGGUCGAGCUGGCCCCGAUUAGACAGGCAGUGCCUACACCGAGCGUGGCAUCCGCUGCUGGCCGGCAUGGCACCUCUGGACCUGCACCUACCGAGGCCGGUCAAGGUCAGUCGCUGGUGUACUUCGCGACCGACCUCGACUCCCUACGUCUAGACAAUCGGGAUGAAGCGGACUCGGAUGGGCCUCCUGCUGCGUCAACCGAAGUGGAGAUAUUUGAUACCACUGUCGAUCUCAACACGCCUCGCCAGGACUCCACUCUGGACCUAGAAGAGCCGGACCCGGACUCAGAGCCGGAGCCGGAGCCGGAGUCGAUAGACGCGGCGGAGUCUGACGGAGCCGAUUUCGAGUGUUCCGACUACACUGCGCCGGUCAAGCCGGACGAAGUUGUCAACGAGCAUCUUUCCCGGGUCCAUCAAGAGAGCUCGGCUGCUCUGAGGGCCAUCGCUCUGGCCCGGCGGGAUCUUGAGGAAGAGAUCCGCCGGCGCGAGGCGAAGGUGCGUGACAUGCGCAAUGAGGUGGAUCGACUGAUGCGCGAACUGCGUGAGGUCAAACAGCUCGAGCGGGCCGAGAUGAAGAAACUGAAUCUAACGUUGGAGGCAGCGCAAGAUAAGGAGAAACGUGCGCUGAACUACAGAAUAAUUCGAGGAAGGCGCUACACGUCAACCCUUUACGAGGCCUCUGACGGACACAUAUACAUGUUCAAGCGUCACAAUUCGCUCAUUUGCGUCUUAUCCAAGUUUAAAGGUCUGUACUGCCAGGGCUGGUCGCGUAUUACCGCAACUGGACUGAUGCAGCAGACCAGGGACCACAAUCACGGUCCGCACCAUCCGGACCUAGAGAAGCGGCGUCUGAUAAACCAAGUGCGAAUGGCACUGCGAGCCGACGAGCACCAGCGUACGGUGCGUGAGGUCUUUGACGACGUCGUCGGCAGCUCACCGCACGCGCACCUGCUGCCGUUCAAGUCGCUCUACCAAACGUUGAGGAAAGAUAAAAUGAGGAAAGACCGAGAGGGGACCAUGCCAGGGAUAAAAAACGAGACAGGUGUCGCAGCGCGAGGCUCAUCCUCGAGGCCCGAGAAUCGGAGGAAUAACGGAGCUGCUGCCGAGGUCUUGGCGCGGGUAAAGCAGCGCGCGUCUUCGAAGUCUGCCAGUGCUGGCGGCGCCAAACCAGAGACCAAUGCCGCGACCAAUACCGCGAGUACGACGACGGCAGGCGAGGUCUUCUCGCGGCUAUGUCAGUCGGUAACUGAAGGUUCGGCGGCGGAUGACGUGGUCGCGGAGCAGCCUCACUCGUCGCAGCAGCCGGCGCCGCAGUCGGGGGCACCUCAUCAACCGCCCCAGUGGCAGGGGGCGGCCGGAUGGACGAACGGGGAGGGAGUAGCGGAGGCAGCAGAACAGUCAGACCGGGACGACUCACCGGCGGGCGCUGAUGACUCCCCCGGCCCGUCCUCACCCAGCCCACCAGAGGAUCCUGCAGAGGAGGCUCCCCACCGUACAGCGGCGACGCCGUCUCGGCCCCAGCCCGCAGUAGUAACACCUGGGCAGAAUACCACCCUGAACGGGCAGACUGCACCGCCGGCCACUGCUACUCCUCAACCUGCCCCCAGCGCCUUCAAUCUGCAGGAGUCCCUUCAGGGGAUGUCGCAGCAACUCAAACGGAAUCUCUCGUUCGUUCUCAAGGAUAGCGAAGGACGAGAUCUGGUUAUGGCGUUCAUUGCGCCCGCUGCGACCAUGGCUGCCAAGAAAAGCCUUAACGGGUACGACAUUCAGCUGGACGGGUCGACCAAGCUGUCCACACCGGUAGCGGGUGUGUUCUCACACCUGCUUCUGGUGUCGGUGUGCCUGCGGCGUCAGCUGCGACCCGCUUUCCUCGUGUUACUGCGGGAGUCCUCCCAGGCCGUCCUACUGGAGGUGUUCGCUGCGCUGAAGCGCCGGCUCGGUGGAAGGCUGCCCGAUAAUGUCGUGUGCUCGUCGGAACCGACCCUGCUGUCGGCAGCCGCCGCCGGCUGGCCCGACGCGCAGAUAUCGUGCUCGAUAUCUACCUACUGCCGCGAUGUGGUGGCUAAGGUGGUCCGCGAGAACCUGUCGGCCCCGUUCGUCAGCUCGGUCCCGGUACGGAACUGGCUGAUCAUGCUGCUCGCCCUGCCGCUCAUGCCGCCACAGAAGAUGGGGGACGCCCUGGAGAAACUCGCCCGCGAGAUACCCGAACAGGUGGACUCGCCCAGCCGCCAGGCGCUGCGCCGGCUCGGCACCUACGUCACAGAGGAGUGGCUCUGGAAGUUCGGGCCGGCCAAGAUGUCCGUCCACCGGCGGCCCUGUAUGGACGAGCUGGACACGUUCCAGCUGAUGCGCGACCUCAAGAGCCGCUACCAGGCGUGUCGCGACGACGCGUCGGCGGAUACUCCGCGGGCACAGCGCGACUUCGUGGCGCUGGUCGCGGCCGUGAAUCAGGUGCUGCGUGACACAGACAGUGAGCUGGAGGUCGGCCAGGAGGGUCUGCUCUGCUGGCCGCGGAUGCGCAAAGUGGACCCUCUCGUGAGGCGGAUGGUCUACGAGAAGACCUCCGCUCUACAGUUCCUAAAGCGCGCCGGUGCCGAGCUGCUGGCUGGCGGCCUGCCGCCCGGCUCCGGUAUUGAGGGAGGGGACGCCGCGGUUGCCGCUGCCUCCCGACCGGUCACCGGAGCCUCCCGACCUGACAGCGACGAGGAGCGACUCCAAGGCGGCGGGGACCCUGAGCCGGACCCGGACCCCUGUGAAAGGUCAAUCAGCAGAGCCGAAACCACACCGACGCCUGUGACGAUCGAUCGUGCCCAGGAAACCCCCAACAUGGCACGGACCGAAGGGACGCGACUGGUACCCGACGCGUCCGUCACUGGUUCGCCGGUGCGCGGUGGGGCCGGCCGCGGAGGUACGGCUCGCCGAGGUCGGAGGUCUACUCCCGCCGCGGCAACCAAACGGGAUAGGACGGAGGAAGUGGGGGAGCUGCGGCACUGCUAUGUGGACCUGGAGAGGGUGCCGGUGGCCGAAGAGAGCACUCAGUCGCCCCGUAAGAAGCUGCGCUCGUCUGGCGCGGAGCGUCUGCGCUGGAACGCGCUGGACCUCACUGAGGAGGAGCUGUGACAGACGCGACUUGGAUGGACGGCUGAGGCGGCUUCGUGGAAUCUCAGGAGUGCGGCACAGAUGUGGCUUUUACCAACACGGGGUUGUUGGUGUCAUCUGGUGCUCAUGUCAGCUCAUGUCAGCAGAGGCCAGUGUGUGUGCGUGGCGUCCUCAGGUUUUUGCCUCGGGCUGCGCGAAUGCUGUUGGACAUUCUAAAAUGCUAGACGUUGGGGUUGGACCAACGCCAGCGGCUGUGACGCCAAGUACCUGGGCUCAUCGAAUUUCGGCUGCCGGCUGAAAAGCGAUGGCGUUGCUUGCAUCUUUAAGCGAGCUUGUACGCUUUUUGGGUGACACAGUGCCAUAAUGUGCAUCAUCAGCUUAGGUUUAGACAGUGUAGCUUGAAAACCCGAACAAAAUGUAGCUGACGGCUUCUCUGGUAGGAAUAACCUCAUUCCAUUUUGACUUUACACUUGUUUAGUGUCUCACUGCUCAUAGCCAUCGUAUGGAGUGCUGCCUUUUUCAUUGCGCUGUCUAUUUAGCGAACGUUCAGGGUAUUCGUUUGUAGUUCGAUCAGGAAUGGUUUGGCCCGAGCCCUUACCUAUGAAUAGUGAGUGCCCUUCACGGGCGUUGGGCAUACAAUUGACCAUGAAAUGUGCACUUCCGAUUAAGACUCAGAACGCAUCUGGGCUCCCAAACCCAUGGCUCUUUUUCUAGAAACACGAUAAAAUUUUGAUG